AAAAUAGAUUACACCCGACGCAAUCUAAUUUUCGAUCGACUUUCCACUCGUAUUUUUCGAAAAUUUCACACGGGAGAGGGUCGAUUCAAAAACCCAACGAGACAAUGACAUCCGUUCCAAAACUCCCUAGGUUUGUUGUUGCGACGAGGUGAUUGUGUUCCUAGCAGCCGCCGCCAAGCAUGACAUGAUGCAUGGCAAACCGUUGCGUAGCAGACCAGACUCGGAGUAGCGCGCGCGUGUAUGGGGCUUUUACUAGUAUCAGGCGCGGACCAAGCAAACAAAUCGAUUUUUUGCUUUCCUGUUGUACACAGAAACGCAGGCAUAUAAGCACGAGCGCAAAAAAACUUGUUGUCGAUAAGUAAUGUUAAAUAGUGUUAAUUAUAUCGGAUAAAAUAAUUAUCGAUUAUUAAAGACAACAGAAAAAUCGUUGAAUUUUCAAGAAAACGCCAGAAAAGUCAACAUUUUAUCCGUAAACCCACAGUUUUAUAAAAAAUGUUUCGCGAAUCGCCAAAGGUUAUUAUCGAAGAUCCCGAUGCUCCCUCAGCGACAUUCGCCGCCAACAUCCGCAUGGAGGAUUUAUUAGAAAAAUUAAAACUAUUGAAUUACGACACCGAAUUCGUUCAAAAAUAUAAGAUGAAAUACAUAAGCAGGCACUACUUCAUGGUGCCCACCAAUCCAGGCGAGCAAUUCUUCAUGUUCACCUCGCUGGCCGCGUGGCUGAUCCGCAAAGCCGGAAAGAACUUCGAUCCGCCCCAAGAGUCGGACGAUCCCAACGCGACCAUAGCCCAAAUAUUGGACUUCAUGAAGAGCAUCGACGCGGCCGUCGAUUUUCCGCCCAACAAGCUGAAGCAGGGCGUGGGCGAGCACGCGGUCUUCGUCCUCGACCAUCUGGCCGACAACGCCAUCAAAGUUUCCAAAUUCAAGUGGCAAAAAAGUCAAAUACCACCCGACGAGACCGAGGUCGAGCCCGAGUUGGAGGAGGACGACGCGGAAUUGAUCUUAGAAAAGGUGGAGGAGGAAAUGGUCACGGAUUACGACGACGAAGAGGACGAUGCCGUUCACGUGGACAAUAUCAAUAAAUUUUACAGAGACUCAUCGCACGCCACCCAGAAACCGGACAAAAUUCUGGAAUCCACGGUCGACGCCGAGGAAUGGAAAUUGGAGCUGGAAAAAGUCUUGCCGCAAUUGAAGUUGAACAUCGACGCUGAUUCGAGAGAUUGGCAGGCGCAUCUCGAGCACAUGAAGUCGCUGCACGCGAGCAUGACGGAAAAUCUAUCCGGGACGAAAGGUCAACUCGAUAAGCUGUACAUCGAGAUCGGAAGAACGUUCGAUAAAAUUAAUAAUCGAGAAAUAGAGCUGAAUAGACAGUUGCAGCCGCAGCUGCAAGAGUUGAGAGUUUUGCAGGAGCAGCUGUUGAAAGUCAAGGAAAAGUAUCGGGACAUCAGCGGUGGCGUUCAAGAACGCACCAAGUCUCUGAACAAACUCACCGACGAGCUGGAGCAGGUGAAGAAAGAGAUGGACGAACGAGGCGCCAGCAUGACCGACGGAACUCCGUUGAUCAACAUCAAAAAGACAGUGGGCAAGAUGAAGAGCGAGAUAUCCGAGAUGAGCCUGAGGAUCGGCGUGCUCGAGUACAGCCUCAUGUGCUCGCGCGUCAGGGACCGAGUCCAGCUUCAGGAGGACAUGAAGGGUUCCACCGGCAAUGUCGCGCUCUAUUGAUUUUAGUUUUUUUUCUUUUUUUUGUUAUUGUCGCGCGCCGAAUGAAUCAUAGCCGCAUAAAUUAUUGUAAAGAGAAGAAAAAAAAACAACAACGAUUGACUCAUACUCCUCAUCUCGCAAACUCGUUUGGCACAAAUGCAUCGAAUUGCGAAGCUCGGUUUAUCUUCUCUCUCUCUCUUGGAUGCUAUAAAGGAGGUCAAAGAUAAAUUAUUAUUGCCCUUUACCUCUCUCCUCGUCGUUUAUCGGCAGCUCUUCGAGAAAGAAUUCGCAAACUCCUCUGCAACGAUCGGACGUGUCUGCGCGCUGAAACUUAUAAUUGAUUUUCAGCAAAAAUAUUUCUCACGUCCGGUAAUUCUCUUUCGCGAGCGCGGGCGAAACUCGAUUUAUGCUGUCAUUUUUUGCCUCUUUCUUGGGGCCGUCGGCUACUCGAAAAAUUUUUAUACUAUUAAACACGUUCUUUCAAGCUUCGCCAAAGUGCAUCUUUCUCUCUCUCCCCUACUCUCCGCAGCUUAUCACUAUUAUAGUGCGCUGGCGGCGGCAACAUUCAGCGGCAGUAGCAGCAUGAGAAGGAAGAGUGAAUUCUGACUCUCCGAGCAAGAGAGAGAGAGAAAGAAAGAGAGAGAGAGAGAACCAAAUGCUACUAUAGCGGCAGCAGCAGCUGAUAUGUUUUUCGCAUCAUGAUGCAGUAUGCGAACGGCCAUAUCGUCGAGUCUUUCGCGUUUUCUGCCAUGUCUUUUCUCUUGUCAUAACAAAAUUUGAUCUCACUCGCUUGGGGCUUUUGGCUAGAUGUCCGAAUUCUGUGCGUCGUGAUUUUUAGCAUUGACUGACUUUUAGCGUAUGUACAUUUACUUUUAUUCAUUAUUGGCAUUAAUUGUUAUUGGAUGUGUGCGAUGAGUGUAUACUCGGAGCUUUAUCGUCGUCGUAGGCUGCGACUUCGAGAUAGCGCCUUUUUCAUUGUAAAUACGCGAGAUUUCAUUGCAAUUCCAGACGUUGUUUACUUCGUUUAUUAUAAAAUUCUGGGGCAUCUCUUUGAUUCAAUUUAAUUUCAAAUAUAUCCUCAUUAAUUGUAUCGUUACUAUUUUUCGAUUCGCUUACAUCGACUCUCGAUCGGCGAUGCGCUGUGUAAAAAAUGUAUCGCAUCGUGUCUGUCGUUCGAUAAAACGUAAGCAUACGUAAGAUAAUAACAAACCUUUGUACGCUGUGUGUCACUGACAAAGCGCAAUAUAUAAUUCGCAAAAUAAAUAAUUAUUGUCAAUUAUCUCGUUAGUCAAACACAACCGUAAUGUUUAUUAUUUUUUUUUUGUCUUCGAAUGGAAUUCUUUUAACCAUGCCGUGUGCGUAGUAUCUUUAUCGAGGUGAAACGAAAAAAAGGAGUUUAUUUACUAAGCGCAACUAGCGAAAGCACGUGCGCGUUGGUGCAUUAAUAUUUUUUUAAAUUAUUCUUUUUUUUUUGCUGAAAAUUGUAUAUGUAUCGGACAUACUCGUAAUUAAAAAUUAUUUUUGUUUUUUGCGAUGCCAAGGUAUCUGAUCUUUACAAAGAUAAAUCAUAUAUCGUCUAAAGAGAUAAUAAGUAUCUCCUAAAAAUGUAUCGAAAAUAAUAUAGUACGUGCCAUAAGUGGCGUCUAUUAAACGAAUCGAAUAGUCACGCACGAGCGACGAAGUUUCAUUGAACUUCGGUCGGAAGUAAAGAAAAAUGUUACGAUCGAUUUUUAUUAAAAAUUUUGUAAUCCAGAUGCACGCAAACUUAUAUCAAAAGCAAACUACACGAAUCGAACCGUAGUUCGAUCGAUCGAAAUAAAGUUUUGAUCGCCCGAGGUGAAUUUCACCAAGUUCUCAUCUCAACUUCUGGUUAAGUGCAACUUUCCUUUUCACUCCACUCCACCGCGUAUCAAGCUCGUAGAAAGCAUUGAAUAAUCGCGCACACCUGUUAUUUUACUUUCUCUGACGUAUUAGCAGAAGUUAUAGAGUCGUUGGUGUGCACAUGCGCCGCGAUUUAUCCAAGAUUCAUACAAGUAAUAUAUACUUCCUGCCAAAAUCUUUUUAAAAAAUCGAAAUAUAAUGUUAGAUUCAUUCGGUCGCAAAGUUUUCAGCAGAUAAUAUCGUGUUUAUUCGGUCUCAAGGCUCAAUGUGCCAUAUUUAGUGCUCGAUUUUUGAGAAACGAGCAGUUAUGAUCCUCCGAGACUUGUUUUUUUUUUUGCAAUUUCGCUUGCAAAACGUGCAGACAUCAUCGACUUGCAUACGUAUAAUGUGUGUGUGUGUAAGCGCCGC